AUGGUUGCUGGAAAACAGAAGCAUUGGUUCAUCGAUGGAUUCCCACGUCAUCUCGACCAGGAAGCUGAGUUUGUUCAGAAGUGCAAACCAGCCGUUGCUUUACUUUUCAUUGAUUGCCCAGAUGAAGAAUUAACAAAGAGACUCUUAAACCGUGGCAAGACAUCAGGCCGUAUUGAUGAUAACGCUGAAUCAAUCAAGAAGCGCCUUGUUGUUUAUCAUGAACAGACAGAAGCUGUUAUUGGCAAAUUCAAGAAAGAAAACAAGUGUCUUGAAGUUAACGGUAACCGCCCAAUUGAUCAAGUUCAUGAAGAUGUUGUUAGAAAACUUAGGACAGUUUGGACUGAUCUCCCAGCUGCUCCAAUCCAUACAAACUAA